AUGCCGGGGAACGGAGCCACGGACACCUCCUGUCCUCCCACCACACCCAUGGCAGCAUCCCUUCAACCCUCUGCAGCCUUCCUGGGGGGCCCGGGUGAGGGGUCUCCGUGCACCCCUGGCCUCGGGUGGGCUGGCGAGGGGCCGGGGGCCAGCGGCAAGAACCGGCACGUGUGCCACGCCGCGGCACGGCUGGAGAUGGGCAGCCUCUGGGAGGAGUUCAACCGCCUGGGCACCGAGAUGAUCGUCACCAAGGCAGGCAGGAGGAUGUUCCCCACCUUUCAGGUGAAGCUUUCGGGGUUGGAUCCGUUGGCCGACUACGUCCUGCUCAUGGAUUUCAUCCCGCUGGACGACAAGCGAUACAGAUAUGCCUUCCACAGCUCCUCCUGGCUGGCGGCGGGCCGGGCCGAGCCGGCGGCUCCUGGCCGCGUCCACUUCCACCCCGACUCCCCAGCCAAGGGCGCCCAGUGGAUGCGGCAGAUCGUGUCCUUCGACAAGCUCAAGCUGACCAACAACCUCCUGGACGACAACGGCCACAUCAUCCUCAACUCCAUGCACCGCUACCAGCCCCGCUUCCACGUCGUGUUUGUGGACCCGCGGCGCGACAGCGAGCGCUUCGCCCACCAGAACUUCAAGUCCUUCAGUUUCCCCGAGACCCAGUUCAUGGCAGUGACAGCCUACCAGAACCACCGGAUCACCCAGCUGAAGAUCGCCAGCAACCCCUUUGCCAAGGGAUUUCGGGACGGCGACCCCGAGCCAUGGUGCGGGGUGCCAGCAGGGUCCCUGCUGGGGGCGAUGCCCCGCGCCCGGGCCGCCCCGCUGGCCCCCCGCCCCGAGAAGCAGGAAAAAGGAGCUCCUCGCAGCCAUGGGGCUCUGGCUGCUGCCCCCCAACAGCCAGCAGCACCCCCCAGUUUCCCCGAGCUCCCUGCACCCACCUUCCAGCCCCUCACCUGCCCCCCUGGGGUCUAUGUGGGAGCCAAACCCCGCAGCCUGCCCUACCCUCUGCCUGCCUUCCCCCAGCUCAGCUCCUACGGCCCCACCUCAGCCCCCACCUUUGGCUACGGCCAGCAGUGA